AUGAUGACUAUGGACAUCGGGAUGUACAACAACCAACAGAACGGUUAUGGCGCUCCCGAAUAUUACCAGCAGGGUGCCGGGUACCAGCCUCCUUACGAAGGCUACCACGAAUACUACGAACCAGCAUCUAACUACUACGAACCUCUCCUCCACGGGCAGACGACUCACGAGCAUCCGACCACUCCAGUGAUCAGUACAGACACAGGUCUAUGUUAUACAAAUUUGGAUUACGGAGACCUGCAACCAAAUUAUCCCAUACACACCUUGCCGACGCAUGCAGAGGCAUUUAAACACCGGGAGGAAGUUCCUCGGCACGAAGACAUGCAUAUGCAUGAUCAUAAAAUUGAUAAUCACUAUCUGGAGACGAAAUACAACAUGCAUUUCGUGGAUGAGACGACCAUGCAGUACAAUCAAGGGUCCCCGUUGCCGUGUACGGAAUUCGAGCAUUAUCAGCCGAAGGACGAGUUCGCUGGGCUCCGGGACCCGUUCCCGCGGGAGGGAGACUGCGUGGGGCCCCACGGUCACCUGCAGGGGCAUCAAGCUCAUGCGUCACAUGCAGCUGUUCCGACAUAUAAGUGGAUGCAAGUGAAGAGAAACGUUCCUAAGCCUAGCGCACCAAAACUAAUGAUCCCACCCGCCGAAUACGUCACCCAAGGCGGUAUCAGCAGCCCUCAGGAAGGCAUGCGCACACCCACAGGCACGCAGAUGAUGGCCAACCCCCUUUUAAGCAUCAACAACACCGGCCGGACAAACUUCACCAACAAACAACUCACGGAACUAGAAAAAGAGUUCCACUUUAACAAAUACCUAACACGAGCGAGAAGGAUAGAGAUAGCAUCCGCACUUCAACUCAACGAAACACAAGUCAAAAUCUGGUUUCAGAACCGACGGAUGAAACAAAAGAAACGAAUCAAAGAGGGUCUGAUUGUCGCCCCAGAAGUACCUACUACUACUACGUCACAAAGCAGUGCUGUCGGUUCUAGUGAGAACAGUCGCGAGUCCAGCUAA